CAAGAAGUCUACAGGAAUACAAGCUUGGGGAGGACUGGUUGCGGAUCUUGGAUUUUCAUGGACUUGGGGAUGACUAUGAAUGAUUGUAGUUGAGAUAGGUCAAGGUUAGGUCUCACGAUCCUGUAUUUUUCAGCAAGUUUUAACAUAAUUUGCUAAGGAUCAGAGAUUUUUCAGUGAGAUUUAAGACAUCUUGCUAGGCAUCAGAUUUAUCAGCGAGAUUUAAGAUACCUUGCUAUUGAUCGGUAUAAUUGCAUGAUUUCAGAUUCUCAUAUUUUUAAGAUUCAAGAAGUCUACAGGAAUACAAGCUUGGAGAGGACUGGUUGCGGAUCUUGGAUUUUCAUGGACUUGGGGACGACUAUGAAUGAUUGUAGUUGAGAUAGGUCAAGGCAGAGAAUGGAUAUUCUUCGAUAACUUGGCCAGUCAAACAUCAACAAGUGAUUAGUGGAACUCUUUGGAUUAAAACGAACUAAAACCAGUCGACCAUCAUGGGUAACGGUGCUUCAAUAGAGGGCGAUAUCUCAACUGACCAACCGCCACCCCAAGGUGGUCAGGGUGGCAUCCAGCGCCCGCCGCAAUCAGCGGUAUCACGUGCCACCUCAGUGUCGGGAAAGAGUGAUGCAGCGUGGAGGAAACUGAAUGCUAUCAAAUCUGCUGCUUCCGGUCUGAAGAUCAUUCGACCUGGUCGACCAAUAGUUUCAGAAGAUGAAGAUGACGACGAUUAUGACUUCAAGAAUGUGGUCGUCAUUUCAAAAAGUGGAUUCUCCAUCCCGAAUCUUACGAUAGUGGAAGGAGAGGUGGUCGUAUUUGCUUGGGAGGCAGAAUCUGGAGGAAAUGGAUAUAAUGUGGUGCAGGUUGUCCAUGACGGUGAACAAUUCCGUCCCGUCAUCGGUGGUAUCUACAGCGGCCCCCUCUCACGUGAGGGCAACUAUGAGCAUCUCUUCAUGGUUGAAGGGGAGUACAAAUUCGUCAGUGCUGGACUACGCUGCACCCCAUUGACCAUAACCGUCCGCGACCGUGAAGAUAUCCGCGCAGAUCUCCGCGACACCGGCUUCCUUCCAAACGUGAUCCACGUCGAGCAAGGUAACGCCAUCAAGUGGCAAUGGAAGCAAACUAUUGUACCGCGAAUGAUGUACGAGGUGCAGUACUGUUCGAAGCAUUGCAGCAUCGUAAAGCCGGAGAAAAAUGGCCAUCCAGUUGCCGUAUCAACAGGCAACUUUAGAAAAGAAUUCAAGCAAGCUGGUAUCUUCUACUUCAUGAGUGACUCUCCUGACAAAUCUGCCAAGGCCCAUUUCUGUGCAGUCCAUGUCAAAGAAAUCAAACAGGAGCAUAGGAUAGAGGUGUUGGACAAGUCCUUCAAGCCAAUGAUCCUUCUGAUAGAGGAGGGAGACAAAGUCUGGUGGAACUGGGAUAAAAUUACGUGCAAGAAGCAUCACUGCGUAUAUCAAAUUGAACCCCCGGCGCCAAACCAUAAAACCGAGGAAUCGUUCAAACCACGCAAAGAUGGCUUCAGGUGGCCCCAGCCAAGCAAACACGGGACGAUGGCCCACUUGUUCAAGGAGCCUGGAGUGUAUUACUACUCUGACCAUAGCUUCCAUGAGGCGGCAGAGUACAUCGGCACAAUCAUUGUUCGGCCUGUGCAGAGGGAACUGCAAGUGCAACUCACUCCCGAUGGAUUUUCCCCAGAUAUGUUAUAUGCGAGAACUGGGGACCGCAUCUGGUGGAACUGGAACCUACAAGACAUGGACCCAUCAUUCGCUAUCAUGGAGAUCGAGAAGUGUCUCACGCCCAUGUCGAGAUCACCAAUUCAGGACUUCGAUUGUAAAAUUAACCACAAGCUACAAUUACUCAAAGAUAAGUGCCAGUACAUCGACGAUGUCGCAGCGAGGACUAAGACCACACUCGGCAUAGAAACGACGCAGGUUAACAACGUGGGCGUGUACCACUACCGUGUGGCCGACAGCCCUAAUACGAUCAGUACAUCUUCCAUUAUUGUCCAACCUGGACCCAGGAACUAUACCGUCCACGUCACUGACAAAGGUUUCGUGCCGAAGGUGUUAAGCGUCAGUCUCGAGGACCGUGUCUGGUGGGUGUGGCAAGGGACAACAAAACCUCACAACAUUAUUCAGGUGUCUCACCAAGGCAUGCACAUCAAGGACGGCUUUGUCAGUGGUGCUCCGAUCGAUUCGCCGUCAGCCUAUGUCAGGCAAUUCCAGAAAGCUGGCGUUUUCUACUAUAUUAGCUCAAAUGUUGAAAAGUUCUUUGGUGCUGUAGUGGUUUCCACCCAGUCGAGGGUGCAUGAGAUUGCGGUCAAUGCUACCGGCCAUUCCGUCGACCCGCUUCCAAUCAACGUGAACGACGUGGUGGCGUGGACGUUCAAGGGUCUCCGCCAGCAGGACGUGGAGCUGAUCACAAACGUGGACCAGAUCCUAGACGCCCAGCACAGUUCUAAUGUUGUUGCUCCAAGACGGUGUAUGAACCGAGUGUUUAAGGAGACCCCACUUUUCCAUUUCUACAGCAAGUCGUUCUGGAACAAGGGAGCCAAAAAGGAACAAUCCAAGUUCGAGCUUGAGUCGCGCGUGUCUUCGAUCCUGGUGAAUGCCGGCCAUGACAGUACGGUGGUGCGCGUCGACGGCAAAGGGUUCCAUCCACCGAAGAUCAACGUUCUCAAGGGCUGCAGCGUGUUGUGGACAUGGAAAGGCCUAGCGGACCAGGAACAUAACAUCAUCCAUGUCAAUGCCCCAGAUAGCGAGCAACUUAGAAAUUCCCUGACUCCACUCAGUGUGAUACAGGGCGCAAAGUCCUUUAACAGCGGCAAGCCGGUCGCCAGCAACAGCUUCCUGUACACAUUUGACGAUACCGGCGUCUUCUGCGUCGCUUCCCAGGGUGCACCAGGUUUCGCCGGAGUUGUAAACGUACUCGGCAAAGAGGUUAGAGCAGCUCUCCCCGUGAUUGUGUCGGACAGGAAUGGUGGCGUUGUGGACCGGUACACCCGGGUGAAACUCAACACUACCACGCCGGACGCAAAGAUCUACUACACAGUGAGUGGGAAGACACCGGAACUGCAUGAAGAAAACAUCAGGACGUACCACCCUGAGAGAGGUAUCUGCCUGCGUCAGCCAGGUCUGUGUAUUAUCCGUUCUAUUGCGGUCAGUGAUUCGUUGCUUCCAAGUCACAUCAUGGCUUCCAAGAGAUUCUGGGUGUUGGAGACUGGAGUUGAAGACCAGGUCGAGUCGUCUGCUUCCGAGGCCGAAGAUGAAGGUGUCAAGAAAGAAGCGCUGACGACAACUCCGACGUGGCAGUGGUGGGGUUGCAUCCCGAAGAUCAAGGGCUGCUUCACGGGUCCUGGCAUCAUCGAGAUAUUCUGGGAACCACCGAAGGAGGAGAGCUUGCCCCUCAUCCGAGGAUACCAGAUCUAUCUGAAUGGAAUCUCCUACUGUGAGCUCUUCCCUCCAGACCAUAAUAGUCUGAACAUCGCCGGAUUGGCUGGUGGUAGGACGUAUGAUGUGUGGCUUGAGGUCUAUCCCAACAACGAUAUGUUCCUUCCUCACAAGUCGAACCAUCUGAUGAUGCAUUGUGAUAAGACAAUACAAGCUGGCGGUCCCCUCGUCUCACUGGAAGUGACUGAGGACGAGAGGAGCAUGGCCCUGGUCUGGAUGUCAAUAUCAUCAGAUGAUUUCCCCGUCGCUGGAUAUAAACUCUUCUUGAAUGGAAAACAGUGCGGAAGCAUGGUCGUGCCAGAUGACGAUAGCAAUCGUUGUAAGGUGGUGAUUGAGGAAUGUACGCCCGAUUACGUUUAUCGCGUUGCCGUCAUGGCAGUGCCAAAGGAUGAGAACCAGAAGCCACGUCUCUCCAAUCAGUUGGAGCUCUCCCUUCCACUGGAGACACAAAACAUCAUCCUUCCACCCGUCGACCUUCGUGAAGAUGACCCCGAUAUGUACCGAGAGUACAUCGAGGUCCGAGAGGGCUCUGGGUACCUGCCAGCGAUGGAUAAAGGAGAACCGGAACCCGAGGCGAAGAAAGUCGACUCUGAUAGUGAGGAAGAGAUUGAGCGUCCCCAGGUGGCACCUGUGAAACAACAGACGGAAGAAGCUGCGCCACCACCACAAGAGGAAACCGAGCCGGAGCCCAAGCAAGAACCGGAACCGGAACCGGAAUCAGAAUCUGAGAGCAGCUCAGAGAGUGAAGGUGCUGUGGUUGAAGUUGACGACACUGCGGACCUCCACGCUCCGAAACCAGACGUCGCGAUAGCUGCCGCUGCGGUUUCAGAACCAGUCCCUGCAGAAUUCCUUCCAAGGCCCAAGGUGUCCGUGAUGGACACGCAACAAACAGAUUCCAUCAGCGUCGAAUGGCGGCUGACAAACGCCGUCGAUCCCGAGUACAAGUUGGAACGUUAUGAGGUCAAGGUCAUCGGCUUAAACUUCCAGCACGCCGUGAAUUCGAAUAUGAGUUAUACCUGCAUCGUCGAGAUGGAUGGCGAGAAGAAGUCAGCGGUCGAGCAUCGCUGGGACGUGACUGAUAAGACAUCUAAAUGUUCUGUCAAUGGUCUUGUCCCUGGACAGAAAUACAGUGUCUGUGUGGUUGCUAACUAUUCACUCAUGAAGGGAGCCACCACAAGCGAGGUUCAAGUGACGUCCGAUGUCCUCUACUACACAACGGCCGGAGCGCCAGACCCGCCUAAACUACACGUGCAAGGGGUGGACAAUUACCAGGUGGGUGUCGAGUGGGAGAAACCAGCUCUAAUAGAGGGCGUCGAGGUGUCAGGUUACAACGUCCUUGUAGAUGGUAAACAGUUGGGCACAACCCUCAACCCGACGACGAGCAGGACCAUCAUUGAUAGCUUAGUUCCUGGCAUAACAAUCAGCAUCCAAGUUGUCGCCUGCACGACCCAUGCUGUCGGAAACAGUCAGGCGUCGACACCGCUUCUGGUGUCGUGUCCGCUGAAGCCACCGGUGCCCACCAUCUCCCAGCAGCCGUCGUACAAGAAGGGCUGCGUUGUGAUUGGCUGGGAGAAACCAACUGGGAGGGAGUUUGCAAUCGGAGAGGAUAUCGUGCUCUACAGUAUCUACCUUGAUGGCGUCUGGCACGGUGAGGUGAAGGCGAUGGGGGCAGCAGACAGGAAGGGUUACCAGUACUACCUCACGGAUCUACUCCCUGGACAGUCCUAUGACGUCACAGUCAAGUCCGUUGCUGGCCAAUUGAAGAUCGACCCCAACACAGACCACGUGAACUGUCUGAGUGAGAGUGACCAUUCCAAUUCGGUCCAGAUCACAUGUCCUGCCCCGCCAAUGUCGCCGAUGAUUAGGAUCGAGAGUAUGACAACAGAGGGAAUCGAUAUCACUUGGCAGACGCCGCAACAGUUUGGAGAUGCGCAGAUUUCAGGCUACCAGAUUCUGAAAAAUGGCAAACUGUACGGCUCCACGGUUCCUCCGGACGUUCAGAGUCUCCGGAUCAAAGAUGUGGAACUCGGCGAGAAGGUCUCGCUGCAGCUUGUGGCGUUGACGGAGCAUCCGGUCGGCCGACACGGACAACGUGAUGGUAUGAUGUCCCUGGAUGGUGACUCAGGCAUCGAUGGCUCGAACCCUCCAGAUGACAAGGCUCAUCCUGAAUUUGGUGAUAAAUAUGCCGCGUGUAAGGCUGGUCCUAAGCUGACGUUCCGCUACACCGGCCUCGUCCAGCCGCCGUCCAGAGUCUGGUCCGAGAAGGUCACCGGUCACUCGGCAAUAAUCGUCUGGAACAAACUUCAGAGAAAGGAAGGGCGAGCUGGCGAUCGCCUCCGCCCGCAUCAUGUCGCGCCGGACAGCUACCAGGUAACGUGGUGGCCCGGCAGCAAGCCCGAGGAUGACAUCAACAGUCAGUACACAUCUGACGACCACCUGUUGAUCACGGGUCUCAAGCAUGCUACCACUUACACUGUCAUCGUGGAGGCCAGGAAACUACAGAAAUAUUCAGCGCUGCAGGAAGAAGAAGGCGCCUUCCCCGAAGGGCUCGCCAACCAGACCUUCAUCCUGACUGGGCAGUCGGAGAAGAUGACGUUACUGACAGCACGCCCACCAGACCCGGCCUGCAACCUGGGCAUCACCUCGACAACAUGCCAUAGUAUUCAGGUAGCCUGGGACCCACCCAGAGAGCAUGGAGUCGAGGUUAUUGGCCUCCGUGUGGAUUGCUAUCCUGUUUCCCAAAUACAUCGUAAUCCUCCGUUUUCGCAAGAGCUGAUGCCAGACGUGACGGAGACUACCGUUGAUGGGUUAUGCGAAUGCACGGAGCAUAUCGUCGUCAUUACUGCUAUAACUGAAGAAUUCUUCGACCAGUUACCCGACGGUCAUACGUUGAGGAAGAUCCGAGCGCUUCCAGCGGAGUUUAAGGAUAUCCCAGAAUCGAUGUGGUUACCGAAAAGCACCAUCAUCGCGGUGACAUCUGGUACGGAUGUACCGUCCAAACUCCAGGCGGCACAUUUAACCAUGGAUAGUGUUACGUUGAAGUGGAAGCCCGCCAGAGUGUACGGAUCGAAUCGACUUCUUGGUCAGGUUGUACGCUGGAACGAAGUCAGGCAUUCGGUAACAAAACGAGAAGAUGACGUCACGCUUGCCAGUCACAUGAACCUGAACCCCAAUGAUAACCAUGUGACUAUCCAUAACCUGGAGCCGGGGUUACAGUAUAAGUUUGUCGUCGAGGCGGUCGUCAGCGUGAAGACGACAGUGGAUGAGGAAAAAGACGCUAUAAAUAGUGAGAAAAAGAAUCGUCGCAUGGCGAAUGUUCCGUCGCAACCCGUGAUCGCUCGGACGCGUGCUCCCUGUGAACCACCGAAAGUUUUACUGUCGGGUUAUACGCCGAAUACCAUUCAGCUUUACUGGGAGAAGCCGUUGCUUUACACGAUUCUCGGACACGAUAUCGAGGACAGGCCAAAGUUAUUAAAACGUAGCCUUGAGGGCUACAAGUUAGAGAUAAACGGGAAGUUACAUAUGCGGUUAGGCCCUACGGCACAGACGUGUACCCUGACCAAGUGCAAGCCUGGGAAGAUGUACAACAUUGUGGUGUCCGCUCUCACAUGUACAGAGGAGGUCAAGAAAGAGAGGAAACGGAAGGCGAGGGGUUUGAGCGAUAGCCAGGCGAUGAGUCUGUCCACGGAGAGUAAAGCGACAUCUGCCUUUGUUGACGAUGAUGAUGAAGAUGACGAGGCGCCGUCUGAACCGCUGAUCGUGACAUUACCAAUUGCUCAAACAGAUAACAUCUGUGACUUCCGGGCGUUCUAUGUUCCGAAGACGUCGGCUCCCGGUCUCGUGGGUGACGUCCAUGUUGAAUGGAAGGUGCUAGGUGACGGCGAUAAUAUCGGACAGUUUAACGUCACAUGGUACAGUCACUCGGAUCCUGUGAGGCAGAAAAAACUCGUCGCCGCGGACGCCAGGAAAUGUACGGUGCCAGUCACGCUAAACAGGUGCAGUUAUGAAGUGUCCAUAGAACCAGUCUUCAAGAAGGAGUCGAUCCCAGCCGAAAUCCAGAGUCUCCAAGUUGUCAUCCCGGGGCCGCCGGACGCCCCGGAGAUUUUCAGGAAGAGCGUGUCGUCUGAGGAGUUUGUGAUUGAAUGGGGAGAGCCGAGAAUGUAUGGCGGGACGAAGCUUAAAGGAUAUCAGGUGUAUAUGAACGACAAGAAGGUUGGUAACAUGCUGAGUCACAUCCAUCACAAGGCGGUCAUUCCCUGCCGCCCGAACCGUAAUUACAGCAUUAGCAUGAAGGCCAUCAGCGGCACGCCGGAUAUCGCUGACUCCGCCAUGUCGAAUAAACUCUUCAUCAGCACACACGAGCAUGGACGCACGGAGAAUGGUAGCGUCCAGCUGGAGGACUGGAACUCCGUGGAGGACGAGCGAGAACUGAUGGUUAAGGUCACGAAGGUCACAGAUUCGGCCAUCCAUCUUGAUUGGUCGACGUAUAUGGUGAUUGAGGGUUGUACUGGAUUUAAAGUACAAUGGAGUAGUGUUGCUCAACCAGCGCAACGAGAGACACGUCUGAGCAUAAACGAGAUGACGUGCGUCAUCAAAAAGUGCUUCCCAGGGACGAAUCAUUACAUCCGCGUCCUCGUGGUCGGUGAGCAAGACGAGGUCUACGAAAAGUCACGGCAGCUGAUCGUGCAGACGUCAGCGCCACCAGACACCCCUGUUGUCUGCACGAGAGCUGUCAACUUCAAGUAUAUUGCAAUCCAGUGGGACAAACCUGGUACCUAUGGCGAUGCGCUGGUGACUGGUUAUAAGGUGUUUAUAAACGGUAUCGUGGAAGCCUUGCUUGGACCCGAUCAACACACCUAUUCCUUCACCCAGGGCAAACAGUGCCUUGAGUAUGCCUUCCAAGUCCAGGCCUUGUCCAUCCAUGACAACCUACACAGUAAGCCAUCGGAGCCCCUCGUGAUAACCUGGCCUGGCGUAAAGUCGCCUGUCCUGAAGCGUGCGCCAACAGUCCACAGUAACGCUGUCCGAGUCCAAUGGGAGUCGCCAUACACUACGGACGGGGUCUGCUGCGGACAAUACAAGCUGUACUGUCUUGAAGACGACACGGAUAAAGUCGUCCAGAUCAUCAGUCCUAUCCACCCGGAUACUCUCCAAGUCGAUCUCCACAAUCUUAAAAAGGGAUCGUAUCGAGUCUAUUUGGAAGUAUAUGUUCACGGAAACAAUGACGUGGUUCGGUCCGAGGCGAUCGACAUCCGACCUUCCAUUAGCCCAGACCCGCCUGUCAUCACGGUGACCGUCGUCGGUUUGGAUGAGAGACGUCAGAUGGAGAAGAUUACCGCUGAUCUCAUCAACAAACGCGACAAGUUGAUUGCGCUGUCGAACAACCGACCCCUGGGAAGAAUUCUUAUGGAGGGAGAUUCAAAUUCAAGUAGAGCGGCAGAGAGCAUCGCCCAGAUCGACACCAUGUUAGAAGAUUGUUUCCAGUCUUUCAAAAAUUACACGGGCCACCUCCUCGCCCACGUGAGCUGGUCCUGUGUCCAGUCGAACCCCGACAUCCACGUGACGGGGUACAAGGUCCUCGUCGAUGGGAAACAGUAUGGCUGCAGCCUCCAGCCGGGAAUCAAGAAUGUCCGGAUUAAGCUGAACUUGAAUCAGCCCAGUCACCGGCUGAGUAUGAUUGCUGUGGCCGACCAGCCCUACGCUAACAGUGUCGAGUCCAACACCGUGGAACUCCUCACAGAACCCUUCCAGCCUUUCUCGUUCUUCUGUUUCAAUGGCGUGCACCACAAAGACACCAAGUGGCCAUCUCAUGGCUGUUGUCAGUAUUCAGACACCUUCAAAACAGAGAAGCGACCAAAUGCCAAACCAGCCAACCCGGGCCUACUGAAGCGCCACCUAACACCACCGCCUUGUAAUGUGCGCGACGUAUUUGAUGGCCAGUACAAGCCGUUGUUGUUGAACGCCGACAGCGACAGUCCGACGGCGCUGUUGUUCUGGACAAGAUGGUGUCACGGUUCGGUCAAACUCGCUAGACAUUUUGUCCGCUUUGCAAAGCAGUAUAGUUCGAGUGCUAAUUUCGUGACUGUCGCCUGUGGUCUUGGCAAUGACGCAAUCAAAGAACGCCAAGAACUCGUCCACACGAUAAUGGAAAACGGCUGGAAGGACGAACUUUGCGUUAAACAUUUCACGAACCAGAUGGCGCCGACCGUUGAUCAGCCGCAAGAUGCCUCGAUUAGAGCGGCACUGGAAAACAAAUCAAAGAAGAAAGGUAAGAAGAACAAGGAACACCACUCUAUCGAGAUCAACAAGUUGUUCGGCGUCCAAGGAGUACCGUCCAUAGUGAUUAUACAUCCCGACAAUUACGUAGCCUUCCAUGGCCGGUACUGUGCCAUCGAUUAUACGUCGUUUGAGAAGUACAUGCGACAGACACUGGAUACUGUCAUGUCAGCCGAUCCGCCAGAUCUUGUAGACAUCGAUGAGGCCAUUGAUAACUGUGUGGACGGAAUCGGUGACGGUCUCCAAGCUGACAACAUCCUCAUCCACACGCCAGGAGCACAUGGAACAGCCAGUGCCUCACCGAUGACGGCCCCCAAGCGACGACUGAAAUCACCCCGAUCGCCAGCACGCUCACGACCGCAAUCCUCCAAGCGUCCAUCCCGUCCAACCUCGUCUCACAGACCCACGCAGCGACCAACCUCGUCCAACAAGCUGUUCAUGCGCAGCAAGCAACCAAAGGAGGCGAUAUCAGUCAGCAAUAUGCGCCCUCUAUCCGCAGGGAAUCGUACCGAUGGAGUCCUGAUUCCUGCUAAUGACUUGGGAGGCCAUGAUCCGAUUUUCUGUACCGCAAGUCAACUGUACGCAAGGAAGCUAAGAACUAUGCAUAAUUAGAUGCAGGUUUGAUCGUCUGCUUAUGAGAAAAUGUUCGUCCAAAUUGACUUCAAAAUGGACAUACAGACAAUGGACAUCGAUAUUACACGACGGAUUCUACCGAGUUUCUAAGGUUGAUCUUUGUGUAAUGUUUUUUUUGUAGUCGUCCAAAUCUUGUGAUGUCCGUAUUGGUAUCAGUCAUGUGGUUCUACGUCCGUGUAAAUUCAUCUCGUUGGGUAACCAUCUCUGAAUAAACAUUCGUAAAGACUCCAACUUAUCUCACACCGAGCCAUCGCAAAGUCUGUCUUGCAAUGGGCUUUGCAUCGAGGGCUUCUUGUGAUGUCUGUGUUGUUUUUAGUGAUGUGGUUUACGGGAUCAGGAGGACCUUGGUUAAUGGGUAAGAAGAAAUCAAUUCAAUUCAUAAUUUGCUUGGAUUUAUUUUUCGGUUGUGCCGGUCGGGCAGCACUAGAGGUUGUGACACCAUUGAAUGCUGCUGCCUACACUAAAUCUCUGCUACAUGCAACUCGGAAAGUUUUAAAUCUUUCUAGGAUGAAUUCAUACCUCACAUUAUCUUGAACAUGUUAAGUUUAUUUGCUGUUGCCAAAAUCUGCUGUACAAUUUAAACUUGUUUUCAAAUUCACCUAGUUACACCAUUAUCACGGGUCUAAAUACUGCUGUUUUAUUUUUUGAAAAUCUACUUUUAUAUUUAUAUUAUUUCUCAGAUACUUAUUUUUAUUCAAAUCAUAUUCCUUUUGUUAAGUUAAACAGUCGCUAUCAUCGAAGUUCAGGAUGAUAUCGAAGCCGAUUUUAACUGUGCUCUUGCGAUUGCAAUCGAUAUUUUCAAAUGAGUUCAAAAUGUACUCAUUGGCAGACUAUUAAAGAGCUCUCUCAGAAUGUUGAUAAAUCAUCAUUUAAUUGAAAAUUGAAAAGAUGACAUCACCUCCAGAGUUUUGUUUUGUACCGUUUUGAAAAUGUCGAUGAUUAUGGAUGACCUUUACAAAUUGCCAAAAGUAAGAGAGUGGAUCCUUCGAUCUUGAUGCAAAAUUGGUCCAGUUUUCUGGUUGUUUGUUUUUGUGUAAACUAUAAUUGAUUGUCAAAGUGAUAGUUUUUGGUGUCUUAUUUCAGGGCUUUCGGUUAACAGUGCAUUAAGUUGGCCACACCCAAUUAACGGUCAAAAUGAAAAGAAAAAAUCAUCUUUUGUAAUGCCCCAAGUAUGAUUUGGACAAAAGUUUUCAAGUAGACUGUACAGGGUGUGCCCAAAUUCAUGUAAUUGAAAGCCCUGGUGUUGUUGAUUCGAGUAGCAUUUCUCUGUAUAAUAGGUUGGGCUUUCGAUCUCAGGGCAACGAAUUUCAAAAUUGUUUCAGUUAUGAAAUAUUUAACAUGAUUUGUUAAUCAUUAGUUAUGGAUAUGUGAAAUGAUCAAACCCAGUACACCAAAAUUUCAAUUUGAAAAUUUCCAGUUAUAAACAAAAGUGGUCCUAAAACUGGUUUAUUAUCACACUUUAGAAUAAACAUAGUGUUUGUGACCUCUGGGUUUUUUUGGGACACGUUGUAUUGUUAGGAGUUGUAUCUCAUUCUAUAGAUUUACCAUUAUAUAUAUAUGUAUAAAUUAUUUAUAAAUAUAUGAUAUCGUAGAAAGUUUAUUUUCCUAAAUGUCUUCUUUAGUACUGUAUAUAUAUAGCGAUUAUUUCUGUGAUACUAACAUUUUGAAUAUGAUUUAUUGCAUCUGGUUUAGUAAUAAUAACCAUGAUUAGUUUAUUUUAUAACCCUGAAUCGAGUUUUGUGCCACCUCCUCUUAUGUACUGAGUGGAGAAAUAGUGAUGUCCAAACCUUGGUUAAGAUAUAUCUAUAUCAUAAUACUAUAAGGCGGCUCGAUAAAGUGCCAUUUGGGGGUAGUGUUUCGUCUCGAAAUUUUGCACGUUUGCAGAUGAUAUGUUAUCCUGAUGCAACGUUAUGUUUAUUUUCGGAAAUUUACUUCAGCGGAGCAGUAAUGAGGUAUUUUUAAUCGGACACUGUCAAUUCUCCUUACCACUCACAGAAGCCAAGUCAUAGGUGUUUAGUUAUGCAGGGGCUUAAUCAAUUACCUGCACUCCCUGUGGGGUGGCUAACAUUACCUGUUGGACAGCUGGCUGUAGGGGGAUGAUUGGAAGAGCCUGUACAUGUUGACCUGAUCCACGAUUGCAGGUCACCUGAUGUUCGAGAUUUCGCGGGGAAAGAAAUUGUAAACAAACGUAUGUGUGCAGUUCAAAUGUAAACAAAAAUGUAUUUUUGGUACUUUCGGUUGCUGGACUUGGGUUUUCCCGCAGUAAGGAGCUUGAGUCAAAUUGGUGAUCUAUUGUUUAUGGGUGCUGUGUUAGCCAGAGCUAGCCCUUGAUUAUGAAGGGAUUUUCAAAUGAAGGUUACCAUGGUCUGUUUAUGUGCUCACCACAGCUUUCAAUACUUGAUCUGAAGAGGCGCGCUGAACCUGAAAUGGCCUUAUCAAGGAGCUGCUCACGGUGCUGAACGUCUAGCUUGCCUGUCGAGUAAGUGCCUUGCCCGAGAUCAUGCUACAUGUAGGAGGAGCACGCAGUUUUAAAGUUAUAGUAGUCAGGUAGUGAUAGUGCAAUUGGUUCGAGCAAUUUGGAGGCCGACAUGUGAAGGCCUAUCUGGGUACUCCUUCUUCUCCGUAUAAAAAGGCGCAUAUUGCUGACUAAGGAACGAGGCAUUGCCUCAUCAUCUAUCGGACCAACUGAUAUACUUUUAUACUGUUAUAUGCACGCAUACAGCACGCCACAGCUAGGUCCGAGUCUGUGGACAAAUGGUUGGUUUAAUUUGUCUCUUCGGUAUGGCUCCUUUGAUAUUGCAUUAGAUUUUCAUUGCAAUUCAAUCUAUUCAAGGUAUAGCCCAUUUGAGCCCCCAUUUGAACCUGCCUGCGCCACGGGUACAAUGCUAGUACUGAAUAAACAUCGAUAGAGUUCUCUGAGCAGGUACAUCUCUGAAGUGAUAAGGACACUUGAUUGGCCCCUUAUAGAUGUACAGUAUUUAGAUUGACUUUUCUUCUGUAAUGUUAAAUUGUUAAAUUUUUGCAAGUCCGUCCAUUUAUUCCAGACUAGAUGUGUACUAGUGGAGUUUGGGAUUUAGUAGUUAUUAAUAAAAGGUGGAAGGUUUGUUUGGAAAAUUCCAAGAGAUCUGAUCAUACAUAAACCUGUUGAUGUAUUCAUAGUGUAACUUUAUGCCGUCCUUGUACCACGGUCUUCAAUCGAAGAUGAAUUUAUUUCAUUGGUACAUGAUUUUGCUCCUACAUAACUAAUAGCGUUGACUAUACUUUUGCAGUUGUUCAGGCAGACAGCAGGGGUAACAGCGUAUUAUGUAAUCACCAAUCACCCCCAACCUAGAAUGCGACGAGCUAAAUUAGUCAUAAGCAGCAGCAUAGUGUGCAAAAAAUGUUAUCCUGCAGUUUACUGUAUAAAUCGUAGCCAGGCCUUUACAGCACUCUGUUGAUCUGCACCUCAAUAUCUGUGUCACAAUCAGAUCUAAUAUAUCAACAAUAUGUCAUUUUUAUGCUGUGGCUACCUUAAGUUUACCCGUAUAUGCUUUCAAGAACUUUUCGAUCUGCUUCUAUAAACCGUUCAAAGCAUAGUUAUCUAUAGCUGACAUGAUUAUCUAUUUAUACAGUAGAACCUCUCUAUUAAGGACACCCUCUGGACUGACUAGUGCUGUCCUUGAUAGAUGGGUGUCCUGAUUAGAGAGGUCAAAUUGAAUGGAAACAACCAAUUUGGGACCAAAACUAGUGUCCUUAAUAGAAAGGUUGUCCUUAGUAGAGAGGUGUCCGCUAAGGGAGGUUCUACUGUAUUUCUAUAAAGCUACUCUAUUUCCUAUUGAUGUGGUCUGCAUGUAGCCAUUGCAUCUACAAUCAUUCUAUUGGAUAUAACAGCAUUCACCAGUUCAGAUGUGCCAAUCAGUUCAAAUUGAACGGAUUAUUUUGACCAAGUUGGCUGAUAGAAGUGGUUGAUUCUGUAUUGGGGCUGGUUUGUGUGUUUCGGGCAAACUUUAUAUGUGACCUGUCACAGCAAAAUGAGUCGCACGUCACACAGAAGAGGAGCCGAAAUGACACCAGGAGAUAACGGAAGAAAUUGAUGUCCUCUGAUUUCACAAAAGGCAGACAACAGAGAAAUGAACAACCAGUCCAUCUCAACCUGCCAAGCUCAGAGCGACAUGCUCUGCUUUUGCCGUGAUGGGUCAAAUUUUAACUCCACGUUUAUUAUAGCUACACCUGCACAAUGUAUAGAUUGUAAUUAUCAGAACCACUUUUUCACUGUUAUCGCCAAAAUAAUAGUUAGUGAGCCAUGAAUAUGACAUCACAUUUUAAAAUUGUACAAAUGAUUCAUGUAAGAACUUUUUGUAGGAUACCUGUAUACUUUUAGCAAAUAAAACGCCAAAACUGGAUUCA